AUGCUGCUGAAGGUUUGGCGGGAUUUGGACAUUCGUGAUUACAAUACCGUUGGAUGCAAGCUUCACCUCAUUUUGUCUAAUUACAUGUUCUAUUGGUCAGCUUAUAUGCAGACCAUGUUAUCACUUCAACGAGCAUAUCUAAUAAUUCGUCCAAUUCAGGCUCGUAGCAAUGGUCCAAAUGUAUCGUGGUUGGUUCUAAUUUGGAUUGGCCUCUCCAUCCUACUAAUUUUUCCAGUACUGCCAUAUGCUAUCUUCUACGAUAUUCGGAAAAAUAGUUAUCACAAAGACGACUGUGAUCCGCCCGAAGGAAAUAACGAGGUUUUCCAGGCUGUGACACUAAUUGAUUUCAUUUUGUGGGGACUAAUUCCGCUGAUUGGAAUGACCUCAGCCACUGCUAUCAUAUGCUGGAAUAUUUUUCGUGUGCGGCAUACAUUUGGACUUGGGUUUUCGGUGCGAAGUCGAACGGCUAGCGCGACAUCACCACUCACUGGCACACCCUUCUUGAGCGUUCCAGGUUGUACGAAUACCGGCGACCCAUGGGCAGCACAAAUGCGACUGCGGACAAUUUCUUUGAACAACCCACCAGGCAGACUUCUGGAAUUCUUACAGGAUCGGAAAUCGCUUCAACGUUCACCGAUUCGUACACAUGUUACGCGUAGCGUAAGGUCGACGGAAUCAAUCAAUACAUGUGGCCACAUACCUUUAACAGUCCACAUGCGAGGGAAUACGACAUCCGCCUAUCAACGGCCUUGCCGUCGUCGUCGUCGUAACCAAGGACAGCGCCAUGGACCGACAGACAACGCAGGUCAUGUGACCCGUCUUCUAAUCUCUAUGAAUAUCUGGUAUGUGAUUAGCACAUUUCCACAAAUGAUCUAUUUAAUGAUAUUGAAUUUUAAAUUCGGUGGAGAGAAAGAUGACGAUAUUCACCGAUUUCUCUACUAUCUUUCACGCAGUCUUUGUUUUCUGAACGCGUGCUCGAAUUGGAUAUUCUAUUGUGCAUCUGGAAGGCUAUUUCGUCAAAGUAUCAGACAGAUUUUUCGGAGAUUUUUCCGGCGACUUCAUAUGUAUUCGGCAAGCCAUAGCUCUGUACCGCCUGAUCACGGUUUUCACAUACGUAAUCAAUAUUACACUGGAACCGAUCCAUCUGCGGUGAAGAAUAGACUCACUGUCCCUUUAGGGAGAAAUGUAGUGAUAUCACGACUGGAUUCCCGACAUUUUAAUCAAAUUCAGUCAGUUGAAUUUCUGCCAGUGGGCUCUGAAGAGCUUCGUUCAGGUAACCUUCAGUUGACCUGUGGUAAUUUUUUUGAACGACUUAACUGUCUUUUUCCCAAAUUUCAGUGUCAUUGUUUGUGCGUAAGCCCUUUUGAAAACACGGGUACUCCGAAUCGGACUGCAGAUGAAUCGUCCAAGCAUUUGUCUGAGGACACCGAUGGAACAAAAGCAGUGAAUAAGUGUGGGUUGUGUUGUACUGGGAUAUGUUGCUGGAAAUUUUGGUGGUACGGACUGAAAGCAGGCAGGAUAAGAAAAGAGUCAUUCAGAGAAUUUCCCGCAGCUUCAUCUUCUUCGUCGCUGCACUAUCCAACGGAACUGUUUCGUCGACAUUCCCAACUGCGCGCACGUGAUUCCGGCAGUCGUUGUCUGGCAAAAUCCAUCGAACGCGAGUACGAAUCUUGGUGCAAGAAAAACCGACCGCAACCAACUGCCUACAAUCACGAUCGGGGUUACUCAAACGGUAAAUCAAGUCGCCGCCCUGAGUGGUUCUAUUCUAUUCCAGCAGACCUUCCAAAAAUUGCUCCUGUGCAUAGAUCAAAGACUCCACCUUAUGGCUCCCAAAUUCUUGUUGAACCUUUUUCCGACCACAUACUCCAAGGACUGCCAUUGAACAGUAAUUGCUAUUGCUACACAGCAUCAGUUGGUAAGCGGAAAUACCGUUAUUAUCACUGUAAACUACAUGAGACUUUUUAUCCACCGGGUGACGCAGACAAACUCGAUAAACCAGGUUCACUGAGUAACGUGCAUACCGUGAAUAGUGCCGAUCACGUGACUCUUCCGUUCAGGAAACUUAGCUGGACGGAUAGGAGCAAACUACCCGAUGUUCACUGUCUACAAAAAAGUGUCCAACUCAAAGCUAAUGUGAAAUAA